AUGGAGACAAGAAAUUACUCUGCCAUGACUGAAUUCUUUCUGGUGGGGCUUUCCCAAUAUCCAGAGCUCCAGCUUUUUCUGUUCAUGCUCUGCCUCAUCAUGUAUGUGAUAAUCCUCCUGGGAAAUAGCAUCCUCAUUAUCAUCAGGAUCCUGGAUUCUCGCCUCCAUAUCCCCAUGUAUUUCUUUCUUGGAAACCUCUCCUUCUUGGACAUUUGUUAUACAUCAUCAUCCAUUCCUCCAAUGCUUAUUAUAUUUAAUAAGCAUUAUUACCCACCACCAAUUUCUGAGAGAAAAUCCAUCUCCUUCAUUGACUGUGCUCUGCAGAUGGUUGUGUCCCUUGGCUUGGGCUCCACUGAGUGUGUCCUCCUGCCUUUAAUGGCCUGUGACCACUAUGUGGCCAUCUGCAACCCACUGACGUACUCCAUCAUCAUGAAGACAGAGUUGUAUGUGCAAAUGGCUGCAUGGUCCUGGAUCAUAGGCUGUCUGAAUUCCUUAGUGCAGACAGUCCUGACAAUGGUGUUGCCCUUCUGUGGGAAUAACAUAAUCGAUCAUCUUACAGUGCACUUGACUGUGGUCAUCUUAUUCUAUGGUUCAGCCCUUUUCAUGUACACGAAGCCCAAAUCAAAGUUCACAAAAGCAUCUGAUGAAAUCAUUGGAUUGUCUUAUGGAGUGAUCACCCCAAUGUUGAACCCCAUCAUCUACAGCCUGAGGAAUAAGGAGGUAAAAGAAGCUGUGAAGAAAACUCGGCACUUGCAUCUGUGGAAAAUAGGAAAGGCCUUGAGGCAUGUGAUGUUCUCGACAAGGGAUGAGAUCAGGUGUUUUGUAUUCACAGAUAAAGUCACAGAAUCUGAUAUCAAGAGAGUGU